GUUCUUUUGUAGUGGAAGUUCUCUGAGCACACACACUUGUUCCAUAACGGAGCAUUGGUGUGUUGUAUUUUUAGCCCAUUAUAAGGUGUAUGAGCUCAGUCUGAAGAUGUCUCUUAUAGAAGGUCUUCUACAGACAUCAAGCACAGUGACACUGCUGGGUACUGUGCUGUUUCUACUGGUCCUCUACCUCCGCUCCUCUGGUUCCAGCUCUGAGGAACAGGGGAAGGAGCCUCCAGGACCGAGGCCGCUGCCCCUGCUUGGUAACAUGCUCCAGCUGGACCUCAAGAAGCCCUACUGCACUCUCUGCGAGCUCUCCAAGAAAUAUGGUUCCAUCUUCACGGUUCACUUUGGACCCAAGAAAGUGGUUGUUCUUGCAGGAUACAAGACGGUCAAGCAGGCGCUGGUCAACCAGGCAGAGGACUUUGGGGACAGGGACAUCACACCUGUGUUCUAUGAUUUCAACCAAGGACAUGGGAUUCUGUUUGCCAAUGGAGACUCAUGGAAAGAGAUGAGGCGCUUUGCCCUGACAAACCUUAGAGACUUUGGGAUGGGCAAGAAAGGGAGUGAGGAGAAAAUCUUAGAGGAAAUCCCCUACCUGAUUGAAGUGUUGGAAAAACAUGAGGGUAAGGCAUUUGACACCACCCAGCCUGUGCUUUAUGCCGUCUCCAACAUAAUCUCGGCCAUUGUCUACGGCAGCAGGUUUGAAUACACUGACCCACUAUUCACAGGCAUGGCGGACAGGGCCAAGGAGAGUAUUCACCUUACAGGUUCUGCAUCAAUUCAGAUGUACAACAUGUUUCCCUGGUUGGGUCCGUGGAUAAACAACCUGACACGUCUGAAAAAGAAUAUUGCUGAUAUGAAGAUGGAGGUGACAGAGCUGGUGAGGGGCCUGAAGGAGACUCUGAACCCUCAUAUGUGUAGAGGCUUUGUGGACUCGUUCCUCGUCCGAAAGCAGACCCUGGAGGAAUCUGGCAAUAUGGAUUCUUUCUACCAUGACGACAACCUGGUAUUUAGUGUUGGUAACCUGUUUGCUGCUGGUACCGACACCACCGGGACAACCCUGCGCUGGGGUCUGCUGCUAAUGGCCAAGUACCCCCAUAUACAGGACCGGGUCCAGGAGGAGAUCAGCAGGGUUAUAGGAAGUCGUCAGCCCUUGGUAGAGGACAGGAAGAACCUUCCCUACACUGAUGCAGUGAUCCAUGAGACCCAGAGACUGGCCAACAUUAUACCCAUGUCCAUCCCUCACACCACCAGCCGAGAUGUCACCUUCCAGGGAUAUUUCAUCAAAAAGGGGACGUCUGUGAUUCCUCUACUGACGUCGGUCCUACAGGAUGAUAGCGAAUGGGAGAGCCCCAACACCUUUAACCCCUCACACUUUCUGGAUGAGCAGGGAGGAUUUGUCAAGAGGGACGCCUUCAUGGCCUUUUCUGCAGGUCGUAGGGUGUGUCUGGGGGAGGGUCUGGCCAGGAUGGAGCUCUUCCUCUUCUUCACCUCCCUCCUGCAGCGCUUUCGUUUCUCUCCUCCUCCUGGAGUAACAGAGGAUGAUCUGGACCUCACACCAUUACUGGGGUUCACCCUCAACCCUUCACCUCACCAGCUGUGUGCUGUGAUCCGGACCAUGCAUUUAGUCUUAUUUUAUGUUCUACAGCUGUCCAAGAAAUAUGGGUCUGUUUUCACGGUUCAUUUUGGACCCACAAAAGUGGUCAUCCUGGCAGGAUACAAGACGGUCAAGCAGGCGCUGGUCAACCAUGCAGAGGAGUUUGGGGACAGGGGCAUGCUUCCUGUGUUGUAUGAUUUCACCAAUGGACACGGUAUUCUGUUUGGCAAUGGAGACUCAUGGAAAGAGAUGAGGCGCUUUGCCCUGGCAAACCUUAGAGACUUUGGGAUGGGCAAGAAAGGGAGUGAGGAGAAAAUCUUAGAGGAAAUUCAUUACCUGAUCGAAGUGUUGGAAAAACAUGAGGGUAAAGCAUUUGACACAACCCAGCCAUUGAGUUAUGCUGUCGCCAACGUAAUCUCCAACAUUGUGUACGGCAGCAGGUUUGAAUACUCUGACUCCAAGUUCCGAGCCACAGUGGAUCGAGCCAAUGAGAACCUACGAAUUGCAGGCUCCGUUUCAGUUCAGUUGUACAACAUCUUCCCCUGGCUGGGCCCUUGGCUGAAAAGCAGGAAGCUUUUGUUGAAGAAUAUUGAGAACAACAAGAAGGAGAUGGAGGAGCUGGUGAGGGGCCUGAAGGAGACUCUCAACCCUCAGAUGUGUAGAGGCUUUGUGGACUCGUUCCUCGUCCGAAAGCAGACCCUGGAGGAAUCUGGCAACAAGAACUCUCACUACCAUGACAACAACCUGAUAUCCUCUGUGAGAAACAUGUUUUCUAAUGGUACUAACACCACAGGGACAACGCUACGCUGGGCUUUGAUGCUAAUGGCCAAGUACCCUCUUAUACAGGACCGGGUCCUGGAGGAGAUCAGCAGCGUCAUAGGAAGUCGUCAGCCCUUAGCAGAGGACAGGAAGAACCUGCCCUACACUGAUGCAGUGAUCCAUGAGACCCAGAGACUGGCUAACAUUUUACCCAUUGCCAUCCCCCACACCACCAGCCGAGACAUCACCUUCCAGGGAUAUUUCAUCAAGAAGGGGACGCUUGUGUUUCCUCUACUGACGUCUGUCCUACAAGACAGAAGCGAAUGGGAGAGCCCACACACCUUUAACCCCGCCCACUUUCUGGAUGAGGAAGGUCGAUUCACCAAGAGGGAUGCCUUCAUGCCCUUCUCUGCAGGUCGUAGGGUGUGUCUGGGGGAGGGUCUGGCCAGGAUGGCGCUCUUCCUCUUCUUCACCUCCCUCCUGCAGCGCUUUCGUUUCUCUCCUCCUCCUGGAGUAACAGAAGAUGAUCUGGACCUCACACCAUCCGUGGGGUUCACCCUCAACCCUUCACCUCACCAGCUGUGUGCUGUGAGCCGGGUCUGA